AUGGAGCCUGGACGCAUCGGAAGGGCAGUCAGCCUCGAUUUCACUGAGAACCCGCCCCCGGCUCCAGAAGUGCGGAAGCGAGCGCUGGUCACCUUCAAUGCGAGGGUGAAGGGUGGUCAGUGCUGCGACAGCGCCACCCAGACAGCGCCGGCCAUCACCCUGUCGAAGAUGUAUGGAGGCAUCGUGCCGCGCUACAUCCAGCGGGAGCUCGCUCGACUACGCCAGGAAAAUCAGCUCCUCCGAUAUCGAAUAGCCUCAGUGGCCAUGUCCCAGCCACUCCAAAGGAGCCGCUCCGUUCGUCACCAGGCAACGCAAACAGCUCCGGCCCUCACCUUCUCGACGGGCCGAGGCCACGGUGGACCCGCGAUGCCGGCCGUCGGAAUGACCCGCGUGCCGCGGUCGAUGGUUUCGCAGGUUGUUCCGCCGUCGCCUGUGCCUUCUCCACAUGCCUUCGAGGCAAACCUACUCCCACCAAUGCUGGCCCAAGACGUGCUCGAGGCCUCCAUCUUGGCCUUCGUGCGCGGCGUGGAGCUGCAGACUGAAAGUCAGGCCGCGUACCGCAGGGCUGUGAUCGCCAACUGCAAGCGCAUCGCCCAGAGCUUGUGGCCACGAUGUCUGGUGGAGUUGUACGGCUCCUACGCCUCGGGCUUAGGUCUGCGGAGCAGCAACCUCGAUCUUCUCAUCAAGUUGCAGCCAAGCCGCUUCGGGCGCGAUGAGGCAGAGGCUGCAGAGGCACUGCUUUCUCCCAUCGACGAAGAUGAGGAGCAGCUGCGGCAGUUGAACUUGGAAGAGGUCUCGCCGGGACACUCGGGCCGCUCGGUGAAGGCAAUCUCCUCCUCGGCUUGGCAGCAACAGCUUUCGGAUCGACUCGCCCGCGAGAAGUGGGUGCUGAGCGACUCGAUUCGCGUGGCGGCCCAUGCAGCCAUCCCAGUACUCUCCUUCGUGACUGCACCAGAGGCGGUGAAGAGGGUGUCGACAGAAAGUGAGGAGCUGCUGGCAGGCUCCACUCGUGUGGACGUCUGCCUCCACGACUCGAGCCACCGGGGGCUCCGAAGCAAGGCGCUCAUCAACUUUCUGCUCAACCGAUAUCCAAUGGCUAGGCCGGUAACGCUGGUGCUCAAGCAGUGGCUCAUCGAACAGGCGUACUCCAUGUCACACAGCGGUGGCCUUUGUUCCUACGGUCUCCUACUGAUGGUGGUCGCAUUGCUGCAGCACUUUCCAGCCACCAGCCUUGCGGCGGCAUUGGUUGGCUUUCUGAACUUCUACGGCCGGCGCUUUGACCCACAGCUUUAUGGUGUCAGCGUUGCCCGCGCAGCGUUUCUCAAGAGGAAGAGUCCCACGACUUGGCCACCAGAACAGGCCGAGUUGGUGGAGCGUGGCCUGCUGCACCCCACUAGUGCACCUGCAGGCAAAGAGAUUUGCGGGGAGGAAGCUCACAGGUUUGAUCCGCUGUGGGCGAGAUUGUGCUUGAUACUCGGGCUAGGACUACGGCUGCUUCCUGCAAGGAUCGAGUCGGAGUACGUUGAUUACUAUCUCGAGAUCCAAGCGUCCUUCGGCGGUGGUGAGCGAUACUACACCGUGGAACCGAAGAUUGAUGAUGGGCACAUCGUUGCCCAAACUGCCAAUGGCUACGAGGUGAAGACGCUGCAUGACAUGGGCCUAGCCUCUGACUUCCACUCUGGGAUGCAGCUGGUCAAUCGUCUGAGGCGGCAUGGCUUUAACCUCGUCGGGAACAAGCCAGAGGACUUGGUCCCCUUAAACAACACGCACCCUUCCUCCAGCAGAAGCUGGGAGACCUUCUUCGUGUUCAGCAUGAAGGUACCUCUGAGCUUCCUUCGUGAACACCCGGAGGUCGAGGAUCCGGUAAACCCGACGAACAACGUUGGGCGAAACUGCUUCCGCAUCCGCCAGAUUCAGCGGUCACUAGCGCGGGCCGCAGACGUGGUGGCUGCAAACGAGGCUGGCGAGGGCUUGGGGCUCUUGGCCUACCUGCGCCUUGGCUGUUUGCACCGGGAGGGCCGGCCGGCUACAGUCAAAGCCGGUCUUGGAAUGGAAGCUUUCAAGAUGUCUGCACUUGCAUCUGCCACGCAGUUCUGCAACAGCGCCGCUGGUGCCGUUGCCGCCGCCAGAGCCGAACCCGCCAAGCUGGCCAAGUUCGGCGCGGUCUACAUCUUCGGCCCUGAGGAUGCGGUGAAUGGUUCCGACUUGACUGCGAGGAUUGCAGCUCUAUUGUCGGAGCUCAAUAACGUGACCACCGGCCACUACAGCUCCGAUCGCAAGGCGCUGCUCUUCAAGCCUGGAACAUAUGAAACAGAUAUCGAAGUGGGCUACUAUGUCCAGGUUCUCGGCCUCGGCGAGCGGCCGGAGGACGUGCAGUUCACCAGCGCGUGGGGUGUCCACUCCAAGCCAAUGGGCGCCAUCCCAGAUCCAGGAUCGCUGGACAAUUUCUGGCCGGAUGGCAGCACCAAGUUCGUUGCAUUUGAAGCCACCGGCCGCUACAACUUGCAGGUCCCCAAGCCGAAAUUUCGCUCCGUCGGGCCAGCCGUGGAAGAAACCACGACGACCGUGCCUUUCGAGCAGGUACGCGGGCCAGGGGCCGAAGACCUGACCUCGACGAUUCAGUCGAAGCUGACCUCUGGUCUUCACGUGGUGCUCUCCCCUGGAAUUUACAACCUCACCGCGACCCUGACCCUCACCUUCAAGAACCAGGUGUUACUGGGAAUAGGCAUGGCGACGCUGGUCGCUCCCAAAGACGGAAGUCCAUGCGUGCUCGUUGAAAACGCCGCGACGGGUGCCCGCGUGGCUGGGAUUGUGCUGCAGGCCAAUUUCGCCUUCGAUAAAGCCACGGGAUCGCCGCCGCCGUCCAGCCUGCUGGAGUGGGGCCGCUCUGGGGUCACGGCGGGCGAGGCGGAUCCGGCGAACCCAGGCGUUCUCUCCGAUAUCUUCGCCCGUGUUGGUGGGCCGGACACCGACCGCAAGAUAGGUGCAGACGUGGCUGUCCACAUCUAUUCCGACAAUGUUGUCGGAGACAACCUCUGGCUGUGGCGCGCUGACCACGCUUUGAUAGAUCCGAACGCAGGAGAGCAGAAGGACCCGCAGAAUUCUGCGGCACGCAUGGAAGACCGCGUGCCCAAGGCGAAAGAGUACUAUCUCGUAGCUUCGGGCGACUAUCCGGCCAAGGUCGGGCUGAAAGUCUCCGGAGAUCAGGUCACCAUCUAUGGGUUAGCCGUCGAGCACUUUCUCGAGGACAACACGCUCUGGAUGGGCGAAGGCGGCGCUGUGUACUUCUACCAGAAUGAGCUGCCCUAUGAUGUCGACCAGGCCAACUUUGGCGAUAAGGGCUUUGCCGGCUACAAGGUAGCUCCGCAUGUACGGACGCACGAAGCGCAGGGCAUGGGCGUUUACAGCUACUUCCGUGACUUCAAGUGCAUCGUGAACAGUGGCUUCGUUGCUCCGAGCACCGAUGGUGUACGUUUUACCAACAUCUUCACCCGCUUCCUGAAUGGCAAAGCAGGCAUCGAGCACGUCCUGAACGAUCAAGGCGGAUCAGUGAUGGGCUUUUCCGACCCCCUGAGUCGACUCGUGACCUCCGUGCCCGGGCCUCCGCUUUGUCCUUCGAUGCCUCCGAUGCGCCCUCCAGGCUCGCCCUUUUGGAGCUACCUCUCGGUGGCCCUGGCCUCCGCCGCUGUAGGCUGGCUGGCUUCAAUGGCAUUCUUCCGCUGGCGAAGAGGUCAGAGCCUCUGCCCACGCAGCUACGACUCGACGGAGUCUGCAGACGAGAAUCGGUUGGACGUUGGGCUUGCCAGCCCACUUCGCUAUCUUUGGGUUGACAUCUUCAAGAACCUGCCAAGGUUUCCUGUUAGAUCCGGUACUCGCUGGUCCUUCUUGACUCCUGACUUGUACCUCAGCCUGGUGGAGCAUGGUGGAAACCUCAUGCUGCCAAUCUCGGCCCAGGGGCGAAUGGCUAGGAGCCACCUCCCUCAACAGUGGGACAGCGUCGUGCGCUACGCGGAGAGCUCCAUGCGCCCUGCAGGAAUGUCUGCACAUGAGGACAAGGCCGACUUGGUAAAUCCUCCGGACACUCGGAAUGCAUACUCUUGGCCUUUGCCACGUCUUGGCCGAAGCCUGGGCUUGCAGAAAGUGCUGCAAGCUGGGUGCCAUGAUGAUCCCAUGACGUUUAUCGUUUUGACUCUUCAAGAAAAUGCAGCAACAGGAAGACCGAUCGUGCCGCAACAGGAAGUUCGGAUUACAACCUCGAUGCGGUUUGAUUUCAUACUCUGUGCUUGCGGUCUGAGGGCGCAGGAUCCACGGGCUCGGCUCUCGCUGGGCCUACGCUGCAGAGCCAUGGCUCGGCUGGCGCUGCACCCUGGCCGAAGUUGCGUUCGCUUCAAAGCUUUCAACAUGAAUCUGACUGCUGGCAUCACCGAGUUUUCGAGCCGGAUGUCGCUGAAGAGCAUGUUCUCGCAGUUCGGUGAGGCCAGUGCCUCGGAUCGCUGGUUUCACCGAGAGAACGAAACGUGCCGCUGGCCGCCGGAAGCGGCAGGGCACUGCCUCGGCUUCCACGAUCCCGUUUCGGUCGUUCCAAGAAGCAGUGUUCUCUUGGCAUUGGCCCUCAGUAACACUUCCAACACUUUCACCUUGAUGCAUGAUGGCGAGGUGACCUCCUGCUGGGUGCCGCCAGUGGAAGCGCGCAGGAUCAGGGAGGGUUCCCUGGUUAUCCUCGUGCUGCAGCGGGGUGGGAAGCAAAACCUGAGGCUCAAGAACAUCCCGGCCGUCAGUAUGCUGCGGCUCAGACUCAUCACCGCCGUUCGCUUGCCAGUCCCAGCGGUUAGUCAUGGAUGCGGAGCGGUAGAAUUCGCCGUGCAUUUGCCUCAUGGCAGCUCUGGCGUCGAUGCCGGCAGCGAGCCAGGCCAGGUCCAUGGUGACUGGGAGAGACACCCCUUUCCUGACUUGAAUUCUGCAGGUACCCUGGAGGCUUGUGCGCACUGGUACACGGUGGACUUCCGCCUAAGUGACCAAGACCUGAAGCUGCCGCCGGGUGAGUACAUCUACUCGCAGAUUCAGGGCCCAGAGCACUCCUUCCGGUUUCGGCUGUCCGUCUACCCAAGAGGGCAUGGCGACUGGGAGGCGAUCAGCAUCAGUGCCUACAUCGAGAUCCUCCCGCCUCCUGCCUUGGCAAAGAUCGACUGGGCUUGCAAGGCGCGCUUCGAGAUCUCGAUGCUGUACGAGUACCUCGAUGAGCUCUGGAACUUCCGCCGUGAGGGCGGGGUCUUCAUCUUCACCAACAAAGUCUCGGACCAGGGAUGGUGUAACUUCUUGAGCCUGGACCGGAUCACGCGCGAGCCCGGCUGGCUGAAGGCUGGCGGCCUGCGGCUGCAGGGACACGUAGAGCUGCCAUUCACCGAUGCCCCGUGCCGGGGACAGCCGCUAGACUUCACGCAGGAGGCGGCCUUCGUGACGAUACGACUCUCCGAAGGGCCUCCGCUGCUCUUUGACAAGCGUAUUCUCAGCGAGCGCUCGGAGUACUUCCGUGAGAUGCUGGCAUCCAAGUGGCGGGAAGGUCAGACGAACGAGGUCGACCUGAGCAUGACCCCCGACAUCCAGCGCAACUCCCUUGAUGCGGUGCUGUGCUAUCUCAUGUCCAGCCGCUUCUUCUCCGGCGGAGACGCAAUGUUCGCCUUCGCUGUGCGGAAGCUGGCAGACCAGUUCUGCCUGAAGGACCUUGUGGACACGGUGGAAGCCGAGUUAGUGACGAUGCUGUCGAAGCAGCGGGUCCUGGCCUUUUUGGGUCAGGUCUUCGGAAGCGGCGGCCGACUGGAGUUGGCCUGCUGGGAGAUGGUGAAGGCCAACGACUGCGCUGUCCUCCGUCGGCAGCGCGACAAGCUCGGCCAGGUGGUGGACGAGAACCCAGAACUCGCCAAGGAGGUGAUGAAGCUGCUGGCUGCCCGCGGCAAGAAGCGAAGAUGGGAAAGCUCCGGCAGCUCCGACUCAGAUAGUAGCUGA